CCCGGGUCACAGAGGUGCCAGGCCCCAGGCCAGCCCCUGCUUGGGAAGUUCCCCCUGGGGACGUCUUCUGGUGGGUACUCUAGGCCUUAUUCCAGGCCCUAUGGCCUGUGAAACCUCAACACUGGGGGGAAGGCUGGGCUGGACAGCGACCUCACCCGUGGGGCUGGCCCCAUGGAUAAGGUGGAGUGGAUACACAGACACCCCAAGGCCGAGGACCUAAGGGUUGGGCUCAUCAACUGGGCAGGAACUUAUCUCACCUCUGAGGCAUAUAAGAACUCAGUUACUACUACCGCGAAGACUCUGGGCAGGCGACAGACCUGGGAGCUCCUGGUGAGCAACGAGCACGAGACACAGGCCGUGGUACGGCUGAAGAGCUUGCAGGGCCUCUACCUGCUGUGUGAGACAGAUGGCACUGUAUGCCAUGGCCGGCCGAGGAGCAGCCACCACGGCUGCUUCCUACUCCGCUUCCACCGCAAUGGCAAGUGGACCCUCCAGUGCAUCAUCUCUGGCCGCUACCUGGAGUCCAACGGCGAGGAUGUGUUCUGCAACUCCCGGGUCCUCUCAGCAUACCACAUGUGGACACCCCGGCCAGCUCUGCAUGUCCACGUGAUCCUCUACAACCCCACCAGCAACACCUAUGCCCGGGCUGACCCUACAGUGGGCCGCAUCUGGGUAGAUGCAACAAUCCCUUGCCUGGAGGAAUGUGGGUUCCUCUUGCAUUUCCAAGAGGGAUGCUACCACUUGGAGACAUCGACACACCACUUCUUGUCCCACGUAGACCGCCUAGUCACCCAGCCCUCAUCACAGACAGCUUUCCACAUGCAAGUGCGCCCCGGAGGCCUUGUAGCCCUGUGUGAUGGAGAAGGAGGCACGUUAUACCCACAGGGCACACAUCUGCUUCUAGGACUGGGCUCCAAUCCCCUGAGGGGCGAGGAGUGGUUCAUCCUACAGCGCUGCCCAGCCUGGGUCAGCCUCAGAUCAAAGACUCGAAGGUUCAUCUCAGUCAUCUACGAUGCUGAGGUAUGUGCUGCUUCUGAGCGUUUGACCUCAAUGUCCUUGUUCCAGUUUGAAUGUGACAGCGAGAGCCCCACCUUGCAGCUUCGUUCAGCCAAUGGCUACUACCUAGCCCAGAGGCGCCACAGGACAGUGAUGGCUGAUGGGCACCCAAUGGAGUCGGACACUUUCUUCCGGGUGCACUGGAACUGCGGCAAGAUCAUCCUGCAGUCCUCCAACGGGCGCUUCCUGGGCAUUGCAGCCAAUGGCCUUCUGAUGGCCAAUGCCACCAUCCCAGGCCCGAACGAGGAACUGGCCAUUCGAUUUACCAACCGGCCUUUCCUGGUGUUGCGAGGUCGGUAUGGGUACGUGGGCUCCUCGCCGGAGCACGACCUCUUGCAGUGCAAUCUGGACCAGCCCGACUGCAUUCACCUCCUCCCCUGCCGCCAUGGCAUCUACCACUUCCAGGCACAAGGUGGUUCCUUCUGGUCAAUCACAUCCUUUGGCACCUUUCGCCCCUGGGGAAAGUUUGCCCUCAACUUCUGUAUAGAGCUUCAGGGGAGCAAUUUGCUCACCGUGCUGGCACCCAAUGGCUUCUACAUGCGAGCAGAUCGAAGCGGCACCCUACUGGCAGACAGCGAAGAUAUUACCAAAGAGUGUAUCUGGGAAUUUUAGGUCAAUGGGGUACCACCUUCCAAAAUACAAAUCCUCCAAGAAAGACUACUGCCCUAAAUGGAAC